AUGUACGCCGACGAGUACGCCGAUGCUGAACAAGACCCAUACGUCUUGGCCAUGAGAGAGCGAAGCGAAAGGGCUGGAGACCAAUUCGACAUUGUUGACCGGCCCAUGCCUUCUUUUGGGCAAAGAAAACUUGGAGUAGCUGAUUAUGCUACGUCUAGAAAUAAUAGAAUUAACUUUGAGUGUAAGUCUUACAAUUUUAAAAGUUCAAGUUGAAAUUCACAAGCCAUUAACAGUAUUUAUAAAGCAAAAUUACAGUAUGUGUAAAGUAAAUAACAGUAUGUAAGCAAAAAAUUAAUAAUGUAUUAAAAUUUUGAAUGAUAAUAUAUGUCUUUUAGAUCGCAAGAAGGGUAUGUUAAAAAAGUCUCGCUUCACUGAAGAAGAACUUGACAACCAAGACGAUGAGAUCAAGGCAGGCCAGCUUUAUCAGGACAUGAAACAAAUUGAUGACAGCCAAGUGACAAUCGACAACUUCACAGGAGAAUUCGAGCUGAUUGAGUAAGUUACAGUAACUUUUGUCUUUGUGAUUUGUAAUCAUAAACAGUUCUUUUUUAAAGAAAUCAGUAAUUGUAUUAUAUUAGCUAUACUAUCAAGCUGUUAAAAAAUUAUUGUCACAUGUAUAAACUAAAAACAAUGUAAAUUGGCAAAAAGUCUUACCGCAACACUGUAAUAUAUAUUUUAAACCCCAAUGUUAAAUUUCAGAACGUUUGAGGAUAUGGCACUCGAUCCCAAAUUGUUUGCCAACGUCAAGAAACGUUACGUGACCCGACCUUCGACCAUCCAACGAUACGCCUACCCCUUUAUCCGUGACACACCACGGAAUUUGAUCUGCAGAGCACCAACCGGAAGUGGAAAAACGGCAUCAUUUUUGAUACCGUUGAUCCAAAACAUCAUAAAGAAUAAAAAAGCAACUAAACAAGGUACCAACUUUAACUUACCUCAAGUUAUUAUAAUGUCCCCAACUAGAGAAUUGGCUUUACAAUUGGCAAAAGAUGCCUCUAUACUUUGCCAAGGAACGUCAGUUGGUGUGACGUUCUCAAUUGGUGAAGUGGUUGAUGAUGUGAGGGACAGGGGACAGAACGGUGUAGACAUUCUGAUCGGCACGCCAGGCAGAUUGGAGGCAAUGUUCUUCCAGAACGCUACGGUAAGUGUAUCUAAAAAAACUAACUUUAGUUUAGAAAAAAUCAGAUUUUAAAAUAAUUGUUUUAAAAUUUAACACUAAAUAAGGUGCUCCCAGUACAAAAGUAUAGUCGUAUAUUUUAGGGCAAAUACUCGCUAAGUAAAGCGAUGUACUUCGUUGUGGACGAAGCCGACCGUCUCACGUCGGAGUACACGUUCCGAGCGAUCUGUGAACGUCUUCGACGUGAAAUGCUAAAGGCGACAAACGGCCGGUCAAGAAUGCUAAUGUACAGCGCCACCUCAGAUAAGGACAGGGACGACGAAUUGGCAGCGAACCCUGUGAUUCUGAAAAUUGGUGAUGAACAGCUGCCCGUGCUGAGCGUGGUGCAAAAGUUUGUUGAAGUGGUAAGUUUUAUAAAGCCUUUUAUACUAAUUAUAUUUUUUUUAAAUUUUAAAUGUAUUUAUCCCCAUUGUUUGUGUUUAUUACUUUUGUUUUAAUGUUGAAAAUUUUAGCGCCGCGCCAGCACGUUUUACUCAGAAAAAGAGUUUACCAACUCAAGAAGACCGACGUUGUACCACCCACGAGACGCUCUACAUGCCAUUUUGAAAGGACGUAGAAGAUUGGUUGAUGGAAAAUACAGGCUUGAUAAGACGCUGGUUUUUGUCAGCCGAAGACGACAGGCUGAUGCUUUGGCCAUUGACCUGCUUAAGGCAGGUUAUCAGGCUACUUCAACGAACGGCGCCAUUCCAAUGCAAGUUCGAAACAAAACGGUAAGGUUAACCUUCAGUUGACAAAAACAACUGAUUUUUGUUUUUUUUGCCACUAGAACUAUAACUAUUGUCACAAAAGUUAGAAAUUUGAAUAUAAUGAGUAGUUUUAAAAUUUCAGAUAGAACAGUUCAAACGUGGAGAAAUCGACAUCAUCGUGUGCACCAACGUAUUGGCCAGAGGGGUUAACAUUCCAAAUGUGUCUCUGGUCAUCAACUACAACUUGCCUCAAGCUGGAUUGGUCUACCCUACGGAGUACAUUCAUCGACUUGGCCGAACUGGCCGAAUGGGAAAUCCUGGAGCGGCGAUUUCAUUUUUUAAUCGAGAAAAAGACGUUGAGUUUGCCAAGUUCUUGGUCAAACAUCUUGAAAAAUGUGGAGAACCGGUACCCAAGUUCAUUAAGGAUUGCCUUAACAACGAGGCGGACACUUUCCAAGAGGAGUGGGUGAGGAAUUGUCGCCGUGAAGCCAUCAAGAACGAUCCGGACUACAUUGUGCCACAUCGCUUUGUGGAGGACGCUGAACAUAUUACAUUUAUCUAA